UGCACUUCAGUGCCAUCCUCAUUUUCACCAUACUAAUGUGUUAAGGGAGUCACUGACUUGCUCUCCUGAAGUUCAUAAUUGAAACAUAUUCAUAUUUUCUGAGGUUGUGGAUCAGCUGUAUACUGUUCAGUCUGUUUCAAACAGGUGUAAAACCUUCCUCCUGCAUCUCUCAGCAUGGACCCCAAGAAGAGAACUGUGUGGGAGAACCUGCGUGAGAAGAUUCAGUUAAAAAACACAAAGAAGAAGACCCCAGGGAAGAAGAAACCCAAGCCCCUGCAGUACAGACGCAGUAUAUCAGUGCCAGACCUGAGGUUGGAGAACAGUGAACCUUCUCCGGCAGACAGUGCCUUCACUGCUUCAGAUGCCUUUUCCUUUUGUAGCUCUUCAGGCUCCAGUGAUAACACCUCUGUCACCUCAGUCCCUCUAUUUACUGACAGGCUGACUGCAACUGAUACAGGCCCCUCAGGGAGAAAGAAUGUGCAUGAUGUGGCUUUCACAGAUAACAGGAAUACAUCUUGUCUACCUAUGGAGACACACAUUCUCUAUGAAGAAUCAGAAGAAGAAGAAGACAUGGCAACCUUUGUGGGUAGAAUCCACAUGUCAUCCGACAAAUGGAACACACCUAUGGAGAGGUCGACUUCUUCUGCUUCGUCUUCUUCAGUCGACAAAGUAAAAACAGCAAUGGACAGAGGGAACCCACCCGUAACCGCCACAAGGCCUGCUGUAAGAUCUGCUUCUUCAGUCUCCGAUCAAACAAAUCUAGUUACAGAGAGACUGGCUGCUUCCAGGGAGCACGGGAAACGACCAUCAGGAGAAAGAUCCAAUCUAAUGGCCCGACUGAACAUCCCUUCAGAUAGAUGGUCCCUGCCAGUGGACAAGACAGAUAGGAUAACCAGCUCAGACAGGAUAGGCACCCCUGUGGACUGUGUGGAUGGUUCUGUAUGUGAAACACCAGUAGAUGAACAGGCUUACCCGUUCUGGCCCAAUUACUCUGAGGACCUGAAUAUGAGAGAGCCCCCACUGUCCACAGACAUCAGAGACAUCUUCUGCCGAGAGCCCCUUGAAGACAUUGAGUUAACCAAUGAGCAGAAUGACCAGCCAUUGCAGGAUCAAGCAGGAAACAAUGUUAUGGCAGCGGGGGCUCCACUUUUUCAUAUCCAUAAGUACCUCCUGACCAUCAACCUGAAGGAGGGCAGGAACCUGGUCAUCCGAAACCGCAACGGUAAAAGUGAUUCUUAUGUAAAGUUCAAACUGGAGGGGAAGACGGUCUACAAAAGUAAGGUUGUGUAUAAGAAUCUGAAUCCAAAAUGGAGUGAGUCUUUCUCCCAUCCCCUGCAAGACCGAGAGCAGGUUUUUGACGUGAGGGUCUACGAUAAGAACCUGACAACUGAUGACUUCAUGGGUUCUUCCACAAUUGUCAUCAAAGACCUUGAAUUAGACAGGACCAGUGAGAUGGUGUUGAAGCUAGAAGACCCAAACAGUGCGGAGGAUGACAUGGGGGUAAUCGUCAUCGACACAUGCCUCACUUAUAGAGACGCUACUAUCAAAAGACCGAAAUGGCAUCAAAAAAAGAGGGGAGGCCAAAACCAGAAAGGGGAUCAGAACCACGAUAAGGCCCAGAAUCAGCGCUCUGCUGAGGCCACUAACUGCCAGCUGUGGAGUGGAGUGUUCGGUAUCACCCUGGUUGAGGGACAGGACAUGCCUGAAUAUGGCCAUGGGGACAUAUAUGUGCGCUGCAGACUGGGAGAUCAGAAAUACAAGAGCAAGAACCUGUGCGUUCAGGCCAACCCUCAGUGGAAGGAAAGGUUCGACUUCAACAAGUAUGAGGAAGGGCUGGAGCUGCUGCAGGUGGAGGUGUUUUCUAAGAGAGGCAGGAAGAGUGAGGAAUCUUGGGGAAUGGUUGAGGUGGACCUGUCUAGGCUGCCGGCUGACACACAGCAGCUCUACACACGUGUCCUGAACCCAGACAAAGGCUUGCUGGUAUUCCUGGUUACCCUCAAACCCUGCCAAGGGGUGACCGUCAAUGAUAUCAACAAAGCUCCCCUGGAACAGUCAGAUGAGAGGGAUCAAAUACUGGAGCAAUAUAGUCUGAAACACUCUCUCAAAUGUUUGAGAGAGGUUGGCUUCAUUCAAGUCAAGGUUUUCAGGGCCACAGAUCUCACAUCAACUGAUCGCAAUGGGAAAAGUGAUCCAUUUUGUGUACUGGAGCUGGGGAACAGCAGGCUACAAACUCAAACUAUCUACAAAACACUCAACCCUGAGUGGAACAAAGUUUUUACAUUACCAAUUAAGGAUAUCCAUGAUGUGUUGGAGCUGACUGUGUUUGGUGAAGCUGGAGACAAAUCCCCAGACUUUCUGGGUAGAGUGGCCAUUCCAUUACUCACUGUUCAGAAUGGACAACAGGUCACCGGGAUGUUGAAGAAGGCGAACUUGGAGGGUCUGUCCAAGGGAACCAUCUCUCUGGAAAUGGAGGUCCAUUACAACCCAGUUAGAGCUGGCAUCAGAACAUUUUUACCAAAAGAGGAAAAGCUCCAGGAGGAGAACAAAAAAUUUGCCAAAAAGGUCCUUGCCCAGAAUAUCUACAGAGUUCGGAAAAUCACCAUGGCACUGCUGCAUACACUACAGUACAUUAAAAGCUGUUUUCAGUGGGAGAGCACGAAGCGGAGUAUAAUAGCCUUUCUGAUCUUCAUGGUGACUGUGUGGACAUGGGAGCUUUUCAUGCUGCCCCUCUUCCUGCUGCUACUCAUCGGCUGGAACUACUUCCAGAUCACCGUGGGGAAGAUCACCUGCAAUCAGGACCUAGUGAACAUGAACAUGGCUGAUGAGGAGGAGGAAGAUGAGAAGGAGAAAAAAGGACUGAUGGAGAAAAUCUACAUGGUCCAGGAGAUCGUGGUCAUUGUCCAGAAAAUUUUGGAUGAAAUUGCAUGCUUGGGGGAAAGAGUCAAGAACACGUUUAACUGGUCAGUGCCCUUUCUGUCCUGCCUGGCCUGCUUGGUUCUUUUUGUGGCAACAGUAGCAUUAUACUACAUCCCACUGCGCUACAUUAUCUUGAUAUGGGGCGUUAACAAAUUUACCAAGAAGCUUCGCAACCCGUACGCCAUUGACAAUAAUGAAAUACUGGAUUUCCUCAAGAGGGUGCCUUCAGAUGUUCAAAAGGUGCAGUACAGCGAGCUGAGAGUGCCUAGCGCCCAGAGCCCGCCACGGAGGAGAAGGUAAGCCCCGCGGACGUGCUAGAUGAAAGGCCUAGGAUCUUUUUGAAAAUGGCACGGCCCAGUCCACCACAAUGACAACGCUCCAGUGCCAGCAGAACCUGCAACCUCUCACCCCCUGGCGCCCCCCCUCUCCCUGCCCCCUGCAGUGGGGGCGCAGUCAGCCGCUUGUGUGUCUCCCGCCCCCCUGACGGGGCUGUGCACUGCACCGGCUAGGGGGGCAGCACAUGGAGCUGUCAGUCAAAGAGUGCGAGACGGUGCCUGUCCACCCCAGUCCAGCCUAGAUCCAUUCAUGCAUUUUAGAAAAAGAAUGAAAGAGAAUUUAGUUUUACUUUAGAACUCUGCUGUUUUGCUUUUAUUGAUUUUUGUUUUAAAACUGAACUGCUGCAAUGUUUAGAGAAUCAUAUACUGUAUAUUAUCUUAUAUAUGGGUUAAUGUAAUUCUGUGUAUGUGUGCUAGAUCAUGUUAUUACGUGCCGAUUGCUGUUGGUCCCUCUAAAAAUAUUUUUUUCAUGGUAUGGGGUUACAAGCUUCACAAUUUUAUUUUUAUUUUUAUAU